UACUGCGAAGCACGUGUUAUAACGGAAUUUAUUGUCACGAAUACGUAAUUUGGCUGUGUAAAAAGCACGUGUGUGUUCGAAAAAACGGAAAUAUUUACAAAAUCACAAAAACUUCAUUUGCGAUUGCAACAAAUCAGCUGUUAAAGAGCCGCACAAGUGAGAGAGAGAAGCAGCGAAUUGGCUUCCAGUGCAAAGGCACUAACUAACAGUAUUUUUUAAAAGAGGCAAAAGCUAACAACAAACGACCACAAAAUGGCUAAAACAAGCGCCACGCAAACACAGCAAGGCCAACGAACCAAACAGUUAACAAAAUUAACAGUAUUCAUGUUUACAGUGCUAACAGUAUUAACACAAAUGCCUGCAAACAGUGCAGCGGCCGCCAUACAAGCCGUUCACAUGCACACCUCAGCCACCCCCGGCAACAACGUCCGACCAGCAGCAUUAGCAGCUAUAAACGCCGCCGAGGCGCUUAGCAAUCAACAAAGAGCCGUCUUUCAACAAUUACUCGACAGCACGGCAGGUGCGGCACAACACGGACGACGAAAGCGACUGCGCAAGCGCCACAACGACGAAAUGCACCUGAGCGGCUUAGCUAGUGUGACAAACGAUGCUGUGGCGCCACUUGAGUGGGUGAAUGCAUGCGGGUUUGUGCGGGAGGAAAAUGCCGAGCCGAGUAUACAGCAUAUGAUGGCCAAAGAGGAAGCAGUGCGAACGCUGAGAAAGGCGCUGCGUUCGGAGAAUACAACUAUAAAUGCACUACAUACGAUAAAUAUCACCGAUAUGGCCAGCUGGCGCAAGCAUAGUAGGAAAUAUAAAUUUCUGCCAACACUGAAUCGAACAGCCAAAAUCGAACUUCAUCACUGGCAUCGCGCCAUGCAGAAAUUUGUCGCCAGCUUCGCCGAACUGGGUGUGAAACAAUAUCGUUGGGAUCGUAAAAAUCUGCAAAUGGUCAGCGCCACCACACACGAACUGAACGCACUGUUGCUGAGCGCGCGGCGCAUACUCUGCGAAGUGGAAUCCGCCAUACAUGCUGUAAAUCCACAAGCGAAAAUACGCUCCGUUUCGCGCGCCGAAAUGCAAAAGAAGCUGAAUUUCUAUUCAAACGAUCAGGCACGUGUCGACAAGCAAGGUGUGGACGCGAAAGAUUUGCGCUUCGCCAAACAACGUUACAACAAAUACGUGCAACAUAUGUUGCAAAUAGUGCGUCGUCAAAUGCAGGCGACACGUAAGCGGGUGGGCAAUAGAGCAACAGCCAAGUCUGUAGCCAGCUACAGUGAUGAGAGCAACUACAGUCACUGGUUGGAUCUGGCCGAUUUGGAGGGCUACGACACCUCUGCGCAGGCGUCGUACGGCAUGAGCGACGAGUUGCCGUUGGCAGCGUGAGCGCAUAACACAUAAUGGUGUUAGUGUAUUAGUAGUGUAAUGAAUUUAUCCCAGUAUGUGCCAUUAAUAGUGUAACUAAAAGAAGCUAUGCCUACAGUAGCCUUUAUAAAGGCUGUUGAAAGCGCGUGUCGGCUCGGCUGUUGUAUUAUACCGAAAUAAGGACGUCCAAUACUUAAACAUACCACUAAGUUUAAUUAGUUUUAAGCGCACAAAUCCUAGUUAUAGGCUAGAGUUCCUCAAAGUAUGCAUCACAUUACUUAUUUAUUUAUUUAUUUAUUGCAUUCAUUUAGGCGUAUAAGCGCAUUUUACAUAAAACGAAAAAUAUUUAUUGAAAUCAUGCCCAGCCACCAUUUAGCAGCUAAGUUGUUCAUAUUUAUUGUUGUAAUUAAAUUUUUGUACACACUUAAUUUAUAAAUUAUGUAAGUAGUUAGCUCACUCAACCAAUUAUAGCAUUUUUUAACGCAAUGAUAUUAUGUACAUAUGUAUGUAUUAAAAUAAUUUUUUUGCUUGUGCUAAAUAGUUAGUGUGCGUUAAUGCCUACUGUGAUUAAUUAGCUGCUUAAUGUAAUAUUUAUUUAUUUUAAUACAUAGCUGUACAUACAUAAGUAGUUAGUUUUUUUCAA